AUUUGUUUUUCCAACAAAAGACGCCAUGUUUCACGCAGCGUGAGCUUUUCAGAUCUGAAUUGAACCACGUAACGAGAAGACAACUGUUUUAAAUGGCGUAAUGAAUGAAUUCUUCUUUUAAUUGGAGAGGAAGAGUCAAGACUACUUAAAAUUCGACGACACGCUCUGGUACACUGUAGAUUUCACUUUGCGCCAAAAAUAUUUGCUUCGAGCGGACAUAGCUCGCCAAUUCAAAGAGGACGAAGAGAAAUGCCAAACCUUUGACACGGCUGUUUGCCUCGACGAUGGCUUUUAUUCAUGUGAUCGACGAAGACAUCUCUUAACAAACAGCUGUCUUUCGAUGGAAAAGACCUUUAACGGCCAAAGAAGGAAGAAAGGGAAGAGAUUUCAAUCAAAGGUGAGUAGUUUAUGGGUCCAGUACGUAAGGUGGUAUUUGAAGAACUGGUUGUUUUCUCUUGACCGAUACACCCUGGCGGUAAAUGCGCCAUACAUGUAAUGGCAUGAAUCAUUAAUAUCUUAUUACCGCUGUAAAGUAAGAAGCUAGUCUACAACAGGUAAAUGGUUAUAAAUAGUUUAUGAACCUCAUUAAUUUAAAGCAGGAAGCAUGAGCUGUUGUUUGUGCUUGUGAACGAUGUAUAAUUCCAGAUUUUUUUUAGAAAUUAACAUAACAGUGGCCAUUUUUGCCAUCGGUUACAGCUGGUCAUAGUUGGUAUUCCCAACGCUAUAUCCUCAAUAAUUGUUGUGAUUUCCUCAAUAAACUUGAAACCCUGUAAUAAGCCCAUAGGUUUCUAUUGGCAGGCCAGGAAAGGUAAAUUAAGCUUAAAUUGUAGUCCUGAGUUUGUCUGUGUUUGUUCCUGGGGAUUCACCGCUGCAGUUCCUGGCCUUUGAGAUGAGCGGUCUGUUAACCAAUUUUAUUUUAAUUUUCGUCAGAAGAUAUUGUUUUAAAUCAUAAACAUGGUCUUUCUUUAUAACAAUUUAGGGUGCGUUUCUUUUCUAAAAUCCAAGAUCAGAUAAAAAAUCUGGAUCAUUAGGAUUUUUUGUUAAGAAAAGAAAACGAUGUAUCCAGAAGACGAUUAUUUUUAAUUCAUUUCCAUAGAAAUGACCCACAAUAUCAACAGUAUUUCGGCGAAAGAAUAGCACGGCUGCUGACAGUUUUGCAAGUUUACUGACGUUUCAUUGUAUUCUGGACGAUUAGCUCAAGGAUAUUGACGCACGGGUGAAGUUGUGUAGUAAUUUUGUCCUUGUGAACUAGAACAGUACAUGUCCUGUUUGUAUUGUAAUUUUACCACCCCGACAAAUCGAUCAUUUAAUCCGUGUCCUGGGUUAAAAAAUGACCGUUACUAUGGGCAGUGUAGUCAAACAGCUGAUGUGUGUAAUAAAUGAAUUAUUGUUUUCAUUGAGUUACCACUGGCAUUGUUCGCUCUUUUUGAAUCCUUAGUAAAGAAAUGCUUUGAAUCAUGUGACCAAAGUAUCUGGUUUUGGAUAAUCCAAAGAAUCCAUUUCUGUUGUGGAUGAUUUGGAUCAAUAAUCCGUUUUUGGAUUAAAAAUCUGGAUUUGGGUUUUAGUAAAGAAAUGCGCCCUACAGUGUAAGAGUGGAUGUCAAGGAUGCUAACUGUACUUCUGUUUGAGAGAUCUACAUGUACAUGUAUCUACAGUUACUUUCAAAAAAAUUGAUAAAGGAAACAACCAGCAAGCCGGAGCAGCAGCAGCAGCAGCAAUAGGAAUAGUAGUAGUUCUAUUCUCUUUCGCUACAUUGUACGCUCAGCCAAAUACAAAAUAUUUCUGUUAUAAGUAUAAAGAGACAAAACAACUCAAUGAUAAAUGGAGGGAGCCACCAUCAAUCGAGUUUAUUAUACCACUAAGAGUUACAGCAAAAGCAUGAAAAUAUAAGGGAUAUAUGCGAAAAGUAAUAUACAGAGCACUAAGAAUAGCUGGAAUUAAGUUCAUAUUAGUGCCAUUAGCAAGAUAUGCUGAGCAAAAGUCAGAGUCAGAUCAUUUUAAAAAAGAGAUGCAAAAGUAGUAUGAUACAAAUAAGCAGCCACAAGUAAACUGUUCAGCAUCAGGUGGUAUGAAAUUCACGAGGAGCAGCUUAUAAAGGGGCUAAUGAUCCCAGUGGGAACUGAACUUAACAGUGUAAUCAACAACUAAAAGUAGUAGUAGUAGUAGUAGUAGUAGCAGUAGCAGUAGCAGUAGCAGUAGCAGUAGUAGUAGUAGUAAUAACAACAUUGAUAAUCAGCGUGCAAAGAAAGUACUGUCCGAUAGCCCGGGGCUAGUGGAUUUUGCUAUCGGGCUAGUGAAUUCUGUUUUUAACUUGCCCGACGGGCAAGUGAUGUUUUAUGAGGAAUUUGAAUAACAGAAUAACAAAACGUUUUUGGGGCUAGUUGAAAUGACGUCUGGGCUAGUAAAUGCUAGCUUCAGCUUGCCCGAAGGGCAAGCUGUAAAAAUGAUUUUCUUUGCACCCAGAUAAUACUCAGUUUUCAAAUACAAAUUCUCCUUUUUUGUUGACAUUCAUUUCUUGUGUCAGCAUUGGGAAAAACGUUUUUUAUUUUCAUUUUCAUGAUCUCAUCAUUGCGAGGUCAAUGUGGAUAUAGCCAUGGAUUACAGUGGCUUACUGCCUGAUAAGUGUGAGAAUGAUAUGGUAGUGCAUAAGUGCAUGUUGGAUGGGUUGAAGCCUGUGCUGUACAGUUGAUAAUUUCCAUUGAUCAUGUGUAAGACAUCGAUAGAAAUGAGCUGCUGAGCUGCUUGUGUCACUAAUCGUCUUAGUUUCUCAUGUGUUCACCAGGCUUAAAAUUCACCAUCACAUUUCUAUCAUUGUGCAUUAGCACAUAAUUGAUAUUCCAGUCCAAGCAGUAUGCUAGAUGUUUGUCACAUGAGCAGGGGUUUCGCUAAGAAUAAAUCUAGUAGCUGUAGAAAGGUGUAAUGUUAUGGGAAAAAAUUUUGAAAAAAGCUCCAUGUUUGACUAAAAAUUAGUCAUAGGCUACCAAACGUCAGCCGGAGAAUUUAGCCUAGAAAACGGAGAAUUCUCAGAUCUCCGAUGCUAAAUGAACACCCUGCAUGAGCCUAGUGUAGUGACCUCAGCUCCCACAUGCCUCCUGUAGCUUAUUGGUAGAACAUCCAGUCUAAUAACCAAAAGGAAAUAGGUUUGACAUUCUAUCGGGAGCUCCCGGUUUAUUUCUUCCGAGCCGCCUGUGUCACCAUGACAGACUGAAAAAUCAUAUUUCUCAUGUAAGACACGGUGUCUAACCACUAUUUAUGUGUACAUGUAGACUGCAAAACAGUCCGUAUUUUUGUGUAGUGAAUUAUGGGCAUAUGAGGCUUGCACGGUUUGCUAAUGUGAGACUCUGAUACUACACUGGCAGUUCAUACCUUGAAAAAGUGAUUUUGACAAAGAAAAAAAUACCCUAACUUUUUCACAGUCUCAAAAUUCUCACCUCAUAUUGCAGAUCUGCAAUAGUUCUUUGCAAAAAAUAGCUGGUAAUCAAGCCCAUAUUGUAAUAUAUAAACUAUGUGGUGAGAAUUCAGAAUGCAACCUCUGUGGCUGCAGCCAACAUUGAAACAGUGGGAACCCCAGGAGCUACAGGUGUACUUAAUCAAUGAAUUUGGUAGCCCUGUGUCCUGCAUCUCAACACAAAAAAAAUUCCCAAAGGCUGAAAAAUUAAGACCCUGUUUUAGAAGAUCCUUGCAUGUAUACUAUUCAUUUUAUCUGUUUAUUUAGGAGCCAAAAAAACCUGUACCCUGUCCAGAGGCAUGUAACUCUAAGGGCCAAAUGGGGGGGGGGGGAGUACAUGUACUUCUUGCGCAGAAGAAGGAAAAUCCUAGUUAUCAGUCCUGUGCGUACACAAUUUCAUACAGUGUGCAAAGAAAGUAGUGUCCGACAGCCCCAGGGCUAGUGGAUUUUGCUAUCGGGUUAGUGACUUCUGUUCUUAACUUGCCGGACGGGCAAGUGAAGUUUUUUGAAGAAUUCAAAUUACAGAAGAACUGUGAAAUCAGUUCUGCUCAUCAAAAUGUUUUUGGGGCUAGUUGAAAUGACGUUUGGGGUAGUAUAUGCUAGCUUCAGCUUUCCUGAAUGGCAAGCUUUUAAAAUGACUUUCUUUGCACCCGGAAUUUCAUAUGUAAGUGAGUUUUGGUGGGCCUGUUAUCUGAAGGGGGAGGGGUGGGUUGGCAGGUGGGUGGGGGGCUUACAAGCUGAAUUAAAAGAAAAGUGUUGCAAAAUAAAUGCUUAAAUGGCAAAAGCUUAAUAUCACUUCAAGAAAAAAAAAAGCUCUAAAUUUAACCAUAACUGCACUGUAUUUGAACAAGAUUUAUUGAUAAAUAUGGAUCAGCCUACAGUGUAAGUCAAAAGCUGGAAUAGUGCAGCUGUAUAGUGUAUACCCUUAUAAUUUGAAAAUAUGUAUUUUCUUACUUCAUUAUAAUUAUGUACAAAGUCAUGUCCAUGUACAGUAGAAAGUGUUUAGUUUCUUUUGUAAUCAGUAACCAACCUACAGCAUUACUUUGUAUUGAUUAGUGAUUGUGGAAUUUUUGAAAAUAAACAAUACGUAAUUUAUACAAAAGCAUGUAUCAACAAAACAAUGGGCAUUCCAAUUUAGAAAAUUACUGACUUCCUUAACAAAGACUACUAUCAUUAAUUUUAUUAUCCAUUUCAUUACACAAUACAAUAUAAGGGAGUAUAAAGCCUGUUUGUCAGCUUAAAACCAAAGAUUUUAAUCAGGCAGAGUUGAAUAUUGUUAAUCUCUCUGAUAUGAUGCAGAGCUGACGUGAUGAAUUUUUGUCUUUUUCCAUCCUUUAUUUGGCACCUUAUACAAAGCUGUCAGAACUGUUAAUGGAUUGUCAAUAUCAAAGUUUUGUUCUGCUUAAUUUGGGUUGCAAAUUUCUUUUAUAACACUGACAAUGAGUCAAUGGCUUCUACUCUGAUUUUAGUCAUCAAGAAGAUAACAAUGACUUUAAACCAUCUGAUGAUGUGUUGAAUAUUUUUCAUAGUAGAUAAGGUUUUAAGUUGUGGGCAGUGAUGUAAAAUUCAGAUGAUAUCGUAUUGGUAAGUUGUUGGUUUAUUCCUCUUACAUUGUUUUGCUGUACAGUAACCAAGGAGAAAUGAUCAAUUUACUCUCUAUGAGUACAUUGAUCACGUUAUACCUUGAACAUAAUAACUUGUAUACAGCUUUACUCAGUCAUCCAGUACCUCUAUACUUUGUAUGGGUAUACAAUAUAUUGUGGGGUAAAUAGGAAAAUCUGUGAUUGGCUAGGCUACUUUUACAUGAACAUCUUAGCUGUUAAGAGAUAGGAUCAAUCAAUGUCGAGGUAUAUUACAUUGUAUCUGAUGUCAUGCAUGUAAAUUAAAUUAUACUAAUAUAAUUUCAACAACGUUGGUGAAAAGGCUGUUCAGCAUUUUAAAAAUGUUGUUAUACCUUUUAAUUCUUUUUCAUGGUUAAAAUUUCAUUGACCAGAUACAAUGUAUGUGCAACUUUAAUCAAAAGAUAUCUGGCUCUGAUUGCAUACACAGUAGAGUAAAUUUAAAAGGUUUUAGUUUCAAUUUUUAUUUGGCUUAAAUUUUUUAAAAGUAAUUUAAUUAACUUUUGUCUUGCUUUAUGUUGUGUCAAAUCUAUUAUACUGUAUGGUGAACCAUAAACUGAGGUGAUGGGCAGCAAAAAUCAAAGUGGUUUAAACUAUUAAAACCAAGGAAAGCAACUGAACCCCAUGAUGAGGCCAAUUCUGUUGUCUUAAAAAAACAUGUGUAGGCUUCAUUUUUAGAUGCAGUAUUUCCUGUUUGAUACUUCAUGUUUUUGUCAGUGACUAUUCCUCUUGUGAUUGGUGAAAGCAUCCUGUGAUUUAUUUCAUCUUUUGUACCACAUAAUAUUUGGCAUAGAAAUGAUUCAUGAAUUGCCUUUUAAAUAGCCUUUCGACCAUGACUGCUAUUGAUUGGUGUAUACUGUCUUCUUUAUGCAAGGGGGUUUUAUCAGCUAAAAUUCAUGACCAAUUAAAACUCUACAUCACAUUAAGUACAUGGUGAUUUAAUUGCAGUGCAUGUAAGUCAUUUUAGUUAGCUUUUUUAUUAUAACAGAAAUAGUAAGCUACAUGUAACUUUCCAGGAAGUACCAGCUGUCUCUGUCAAUUGCAAGUUAUGUUGUUUUAUUUUCUGUAAUUUAUAGUACAUUAUAUGCAAUACUUACACCCUACUCAUAGUAGUACAAUAUACAGCUCUUUGAUAGCCAUGAAAUAGUAAGUUGAUCACUUUUAUGCUGGUCUGUACAAGUUGUUGAUUGUUUUAAUAUAUUAUUUUAUAUAAUUUUGUUAUUCAUUUCGUAGAAUGGAUUUAACUUAAAACUGGAUUUCUCAAGGACAAGUUGUUGAUUGUUUUAAUAUAUUAUUUUAUAUAAUUUUGUUAUUCAUUUCGUAGAAUGGAUUUAACUUAAAACUGGAUUUCUCAAGGACGAAAGGUAAAUUAAUACCUUUACUGUUGGUUGUACUUGUACAAAUAGUUACAUGUUUUUGUCAUCUUUCUUCAGCAUUGUCCUAUCUGUUCUUGUUCCCGAUCAAUCUAUUUACAUGUAUAUGCAUGCAAGUUGUCCUCACAGACUGGUACAGUAUUGUUCUAAAAAAAUUAUGUUCAAUUUUUGUUGUUUAUUCAUCCCAUAGGUAGUAGUCACGUGGAUCAAACCUGGUCCCAAGGUUUAAAGUGGGAUUUACCGACAAGUAACCCAACCAUCCCACGGCAAGCCAGCAUUGAGAGCUCUGAAGAGGAGCUGGAGUGGUCUGAUUUAUCCUUUUAUGAUUUACCAGUUACUUUAAAGGUCAGUAUGUUGAACAUUAAUUUUGUCCAAUGCAUUCCUCUGACUUACUAACAAAAAAUCUCACGGCGUUAACUUCAGUAUCAUACUGAAAUAUAGAGGAUAUUACUUGGCUGUGCGGAGAUACGAUUUUUCUCUUCGAGUGUUGAAAAAUAUUUCACGAGUGAGGGCAUCUAAUUAUUUUAUAAACACCAAUGAACUACCAAACCAUUUCACUUUAAUAGUUUUUUGGUGUGAAAGGUGCGAUUUAUUAUGUAGUCAUAGCAACGGUGAUAUUUUCACAUGUGAAGAUAACAUGUUAUUUUCACAUGUGAAGAUAUCAAGUUUUUGCGCAAAAGCUGAUCUGGUCCACAAGCUCCACAAUUGAUACAAAUACAAAUUCUCCAGACUGAUCUCCAUACAUUUCCUUAAAGAAUUAGUUGAGAGAAUUUGUUUGCUGAUCAAAGAGUUUUCCAUCAGGAGAUCAUUUCAUUAAUUCUCACAACAUUUUCCCUGGAUUAUGUAUUGAUUUUGUUGGGAGAAAAUUGACUUUGGUCACUCUUGGGACUUAAAAGGUUAAAUGUAAUAAACUGAGGAUGAUUAUACUUGUUGUAGUGGGGGGGAUCCUCUGAGGUUACACAUGCCAUGUGAGAUUAGUCUGAGCUGUUGUGUUAUUGCUCUGUGGAAUCAUAGUCCCAUGACAGUAAUCUAUUACUUCUGACCUGUGAAAUGUGACUGGUUCUUUUGACCUGAUGAAAAGGAAGUUCUGUUAUUCUGAGAAAAUGUACAAAAAUAAUGUGCAGAGCAGGGGCUGAAGAUGCUUGCACGCCACUUCUCUUUCGUACCUUAUCUCAGGUGUUUGCAUGUUUUUCAGGAAACUUUUCACAGGUCAGCUCAUCCCACAGACUUCAUUUCACCAUCAAAAAUGGUUUCCAGACCUCCCUACCAUGCAACUGCAAAAGGUACAAUAGUAUAACCAGUGGAUGUACUGGGUAUAUUGAUCUGACAAGUUAUGUUAAACUUCUAUAUUUUAAACUUAAGUACGUCUCCAAAUGAACAAAUAAAUAUUUUCAAUAAAUUUAAAGGGUGAAUGAAAAUAGCUCCAAGUUAUUCUUUUCUGGUCUUGACCUAGUACAUGUGUAUUAAACAUGGAGAGGAAUGUUUUUAUCCUUUGUUUAAAUAGAUGAAGCUAAACAAAGGGCUUUGGAGCCUUUAUCUGAAACACUUUUUUAAGUGUUUGAUAUAGCUUUUGAAAAUGAUCAAUAACUCUUGAAGAAAUGUAUGUCUAAAAAAUGUACAUGUUGUAUGUGAAUGCUAAUUUACUUUAACUUACACCAGUGUCACUUAACCUCUUUUGCAGCUCAUCAUAUUCACACGUUCUUAGAUGCUGAGGUUUCGAAUCCUUUCAGCUCAGCAAUGGAACUCCCUACUAACCAGUCACCUGACCAUGACCCAUUAGGCCACUCGCAAGGCAACAGCAGUCGAUCUGCCGAGCAGAAUCGAGUCAGCAACAAUUGUAUGGCUUCCAGUGGUCACCAGACCAAUGUGUCCAAGCCGUUUGAUGGAAGUUUAUAUUAUCGGCAGUCAAAUGUGAUGUUGAGUGGUAAACAAAGAGUGGAGAGAAUUUCUCGUGAACCUCAGCGAAAUGGCUAUCAUGACAUGACCACAAGGUCUGCUGCAAGUAGUGUUAAAAUAAAAACUCCUUCCAUAGUUGUUUCUCCUGAAUUAUCCGUUCACAAGACUUCUUUAGCUGAUCAUAGUAUCGCUAACAGGGAUAGUGAACCUGCCAGCUAUUUGGAGAGACUUAAGAGGAGUUUUCCUUCAAAUGCCAGUAUGAUGAAUUCUGGCUUCCAGGGUACAGUGCGUGAUAAGUUUUUACAACGAUCAAGGGAGUCUGUGCAAAAAAGAGAAAGACAUAAUGAUGAUGAUGAAGGGCACAAAAAAGAACACUCACCCAAAUCAGUUUCAUUCGCAAGCUCGGUGAAAGAUGUUGACAAACCAAGCAAAUCAAAUGCCCCAGAUCAAGGCCGCAGUGAAAAGCAUGGGGCUUUAACAGAUGUAACUGCGAUGCCCAGAGCACGUAAGGUUCAGAGCAAUGUUACAUUCACAGAGGGAUUAAGGUCAGACCUUGUUAGACCACCGCGGGCUCAAAACGCAGACCUAGGAGAGCACAUUGAUCCAAAACCAAGGCAACAUAUGGUAACACUGGAAAGGAAAUAUUUUGAUUCUGGUGAGGAAAGCAUGCCUCUUCCACCCUCCCCUCCCACAAGAGAUACUAAUGGUGUGCCGAAUGAUCACCAUUCAAAUUCAAGCUCAGUUCAAGUUUUAUCUCUGUACGAUGAGAAAAGCUCUUUUGCAUCAAGUUUAUCUCAAAGUUCAAACAGAUUUCCAAGACAGUCCAAUGUAAACCUGUCAUUUGAUAGAGGUAGUACGGGUUCAUCGCUUGCAACAAAACGGGAUCAGCUUGUGCAGCUGUCAAACAGUAAAGUGGAUUUCAGUCCCAAUAACACUCCGAGGUCAAGCGGAGAUGCUAGGUUGACAAUUGAGGAGUUGCUGUCUAGCGGAAGUGUGAAUUCCAGCCCGGAGAACUCACCACCUACUAAGUCUAUAUCACAGAUCAGCAGAAAAAAUGUUAGCAGCAAGAAAGAGCACUCACUUGAUGACUAUGAUGAUGAAAGAGGAUAUCUGCAAGAACUAAGGUACAACGCAUGUUUUUGAGUUGUGGACUGCAUAGCUAAAGUUGGUAAUAGCUCUAAACACGUGCAGGCGGGACAAUAGCCUGCUUCAGUAUGCUGAAAGACUGUCCUUUUUCUUUUUCUUAGACUGCAAAACAGUCGGCUUUUCGGCUCUCAAAAUCCGAUUUUCAGGAUGCGAAGCACCGGCGUGGGAUUCUUGCACGAAGCGCUUCAGCCUCACACCCCUGCAUAUUUUUAAUGUCUCCCCACUCUUCGAUUUCACCCUCGCUUCAGAUCUUUCCUUUGAUCGUUCAGUCAGCUAGAAAGUCAGUGAACAAGCCACACUAAUUCUCUCUUUAGCUAGGGUAAAACGUGCAACUUGUUUCGCAACAUUGCUGCAAACGACUUGAAUAGCGGUGUUGCGCGUUUUACCACCGACGAAUCAAACCUGUUUUGCAACAAAUCAGGUUGUUACAAGUUGCAUGACUUUUGACAGGGUAAAUUUACGAGGGAGUCACGCGGCCAUACACGGGAGUUACGUCACGUGCUGCGGAACAAGUUUGCCUUGGGCCGGUACAACGCGCAACAUGUAUACAGCUAUUUCGAGAAAGGUUGGUGGAAAAAGUGCACGCGACAAUUCCGAAAGGUAUUGUGGGUAGCACUGAGUUCACAGUUCUUCAACGAAAUUUAAAAGAAUGGCACAAGAGGCCAUGAACGUAUGUUUGUGAGUGCUAAAGGAAAGCAACAAAAGUAUUUUCGACAGCUACAGUGUCAGUAACAGGGAUUGUCGCGUGCACAGUUUUUCCGACAACAGUUCUCGAAAUAGCUUUAGACUUUGUCGCGAAAAGUAGAACUACUCUCUACUUUCUGCAACAAAUUUUCGCAACUUGCAGCAACCUGAUUUGUUGACAGGUUUAAAUAUGGCUAGUAAAACGCGCAAUAUAGCCACCAACACGCCACCAACUUAUUUUGCAGCAAUGUUGCAGGGCUCGAUAUUAAUUUUUUGGCUAACUAACCCUUCAGGUUAGUGGGCAUAAAUUUUACUAACCAAACUGUAAAGUCUAUUUUUAUCCAAGAAUCUGUUCUUGAAAUAACAAUGUUUUGACUCUUAAAAGUAGUGCUAAAAAUGGGGCAAACUAAUGAAUGGAUGGAUUGGUUCAAAUUGCGUGAUGAUCUGAAAAACGAAAUAAUAUAGAAGAUUUAAUGUUCAGUUACAUUUUGCUUUCAAUAACGUUACUCAAGGGGGGGAAAUUUCACCAUAAACAGUGCAAAGCGUUGUUUGUUUUUUAGAGUCAUCGAACGGUGGCCAGGUGAAUGCCUUUUUCGAUUCUUGGUGGAAAGUUCUUUCUUUCUUCAUAAGCCCUCUGCGUGUGCAGGGAACCUUCUUAUAGCUGUGUCUUCCCAUCCAACAAAAGCCUGGUUACCUUGAGUUCCGUGAAAUGAGCGUUUUCAUGUCGUUCGAUUAUGCUGUAAGCAUAUCUUUUAGAACAAUAAAUUGAUGAAGAUAGAACACAAUGUUAUGCAAAAGAGAAACAGAUGUAAGAUUUUCAAUGACAGAAAUUUUUACUAACCGUGUUGGGAUAGUAAGGCUCAUUUUUAGUAACCAAACGUAAGAAUCUACUAACCAUUGGUUAACGGGUUACCGUUAAUUUCGAGCCCUGCUGUUGCAAAACAAAUUGCACGUUUUUUUGCUCAUUUUACCGUACUUUUGUGGCAUAGAGCUCACUGUUCUUGUAUACCUGUAACAGUGAAGUUUCGGCUGCAAUUUUACUUACUCGUGUCAAAUUUCUUAUGCUUUGCCAUGUAGUUUCAGAAACUCAUUCUCAGUGGACACAUCACAAAGAAUAUCUUCUGCUCUUUGGGCAAUGAAGUUGUUAGAAGCAUCACGUACAUCUAAUGCAAAUUCCUACCAGGACCUUCUGGUAAAAGUGAGUACGCUAUACUGUAGUGACAUUGAAUUUUAAAGAAUGUCCUGAAAACACCAAGGAAGAAGAGUUUGUGUUCUUCUCUUGCUUAUUUGCAAUUGAUUAUGCUGAUAGCCACUUGUUGUUUAUCAAUCUCUGUCCUUGUUGUUAGGGUCGACUGUUUCGUCGCUGGUACCAAAAAACAAGGCUUAAAAGGUUAAUCAAGCAAGAAGAUGAAGUCAAGUUACAAAGGUGCGUUGAAAGGUUUUAACUGUAAUCCCUUUUAAGUGGUGCCUUGUCAAGUAGUUCACUUAAAGUAGUCGUCGUUAUGAUUUUUAUUUUUAAAUAAACGCAGAACGUUUUUAACUUCUUUAUCCCGGUUAGGUUUCCUUCCAGCAAAAAUCUUGUUUGUGAGCCAGUGAUACAGGAGAAAGUAAACCUCAAAUUGCACCAUCACUGUACCGUCUUCACUGUGUAUUAUAUAGCUUGUUCACUGUCUUCACUAUACAGUAGCAGCAUAUCAUAGGUUUUUAAAAUUUGUGAAGCCAGUUGUUGAACACAAAGAGAACCACUACUUGCUUUAAUGACUUGUCUGUGUUUUCUGGUUCAAGUGCUGUGACUUUCUGGCAAACAGAGAUGCGACACAAAUGCUUUGUAGCUUGGCGAAAUGCUCGAAGCGCCCAGCAGGAAAAAGCUGAUCAACUGCGACGAAAGCAAAUGCUCCAGAAAGGAAUAAAAGCUUUACAAUUUGCUGUCACCCAACAAAGGCAAUCCCUAGUUGAACUGCAGACCAGAACCAGUGCAAGGGUUAUGGCAAAGUAUUGGUUAAAGGUAAAUAAAAACAAGCUACUUUUUUUAAAAUACUUUUUUUGUUUUAGUUCGAAGUUGGUGCGGUGACACUCUUAACACGCGAUUGGCUAGGCCACUAGAUGGGACAUGCGACCGAGGCUGAUACUCUCGUUUCUCGCGUCUCGAGUCCUCGCUACUUGCGUAGUACGUUUGCACUUCUUUGCCGCACGCGAGCGCGGAAUUCUGAUUUUCUCUGCUGAGGCUUAUGCCCUCUCGCGGCUCGUGUCCUUGCUACUUGCGUAGUGCGUGUGCACUCCUUUAUCUUUGUCGCACGCGAGGGCGGAAUUCCGAUUUUCUCUUCCGAGGCUUAUGCCCUCGUUUCUCGCGUCUCGUGUCCUUGCUGCUCAUGUGGUGCGUGUGCACGCAAUUAUCUUUGAAGAAAAACGAGAGACCGCUAGCUGUUUGAUCAAGGGUGUAGCACGCGACUCUUUCACAAACACGUUCAUUAUAUUACACGCGGUAGUAUCUCGCGUAAAGCUUCAGUAAAGCGGCCAACAAAAACGUGCAGCUUGUUUUGAUACAUUGCUGCAAAACGAGUGAAAAAGCAAUGCUGCGCGCUUUACCACCAUGGGUCAACCUUUUCUUGGAACAACUCAGGUUGUUGUAAGCUGCGUGAAUACUGACUUCUGAUUGGAUAAAAUUACGCGGGAGUCACCCCAGAAACGGGUGUUACGUCACUUGUUGCAAAACAAAUUUGCUUUGGGUCAGUAAAACGCCCAACAUGAACAGAUUUUCUGCAAAAAGUAGAACUGCCCUCCUCUUUCAGCAACAACUUUUCGCAACCUGAUUUGUUGCAAGACAGGUUUGAUUCGAGGGUGGUAAAACGCGCAACAUCGUUAUUCCAUUCGUUUUGCAGCAAUGUUUCGAAACAAGUAGCACGUUUUUUCUUGUCCGUUUUGAGCAGGCCAUUUCUGCAUGUUUAUCGAGUUGCGGGUUCCUUUUGAUGGUCGGCCUUUCACCCACUCACUAAAACGUUCAAAUGUCAAACAGGAAAAUAGUGGCGAAAUAUAAAAGAAAAUGUUACUUUUUUUUGCAUAUUUCUUAUCCAGUGGCAGAAGUGUAUGCAGAUGAAGGUAUCAGUGAGGCUCAAAGAAGCGUUUGAUAGAUGGCACGUGUUUAAAGUCAGCCAGAAUAGGUAAGCCGGUUCGAGCACGCUACUAGAAGGUUUAGAAAAAUAAUAAUAAUAAUAAUAAUAAUAAUAAUCGUGACCCGCUGUCUCUGAUCCCUGAAAAAAAUGAAAUUCCAUCAGUGAAACUUGUUUUAAAAAAACUGUUCGCUGAAACAUACUUCGAGAUUGCCUAUCUAACGUGGCUCUUAGAGACAAAACACUUCCCAGAAUCCAAAAACACGUCCCAGAAUCCAAAACACUUCCCAGAAUCCAAAACACGUCCCAGAAUCCAAAACACUUCCCAGAAUCCAAAAACACGUCCCAGAAUCCAAAACACUUCCCAGAAUCCAAAACAUUUCCCAGAAUCCAAAAACACGUCCCAGAAUCCAAAAUACUUCCUAGAAUCCAAAAACACGUCCAAGAAUCCAAAACACGUCCCAGAAUCCAAAACAUUUCCCAGAAUCCAAAAACACGUCCCAGAAUCCAAAACACUUCCCAGAAUCCAAAAACACGUCCCAGAAUCCAAAAACACGUCCCAGAAUCCAAAAACACUUCCCAGAAUCCAAAAACACGUCUCAGAUUCUGGGAAGUGUUUUGGAUUCUGGGAAGUGUUUUGUCCCUAGAAGCCACCGUACCCAUCUAGUAUUAUGCGCUCACGAUCAUAAAGGUGAUGAUGGCGAUGAUGAUGCGGGUGAUGAUGAAAAUGAUGACGAUCAUGGCAUUAAUUCUCAGAACCUUUUCUUUGAAUUUGUAUGGAUGUUGUUAGGAGAAAAUUGAUGUUGAUCACCUUUGGGACUCAAAACUAAGGAACUGUCCACUAAAACGUUUAGUGAAAAAGGUAAAUUUAUUUUUUAGGGAGACAAUGAUGGAAGGGAUGGCUGAUAGACAUGUUUUGUCACGGAACUACACGAAGUGGAAAGUGAAGUAUGAGACUGAACAGAAAAAUGGACUAGCAUCUCUUCAUUUUAAGUGAGUCAUACCCAGAAAUCACUGGGAUUACCUGCCUCUUAGCGUCUACAAAGUCGUUCUGUUAGCAGAAAAGUGGUAAAAUGUAAAAUUGUGAUAGUAAAUUAACUGGCUUAUUUGAAUUGAGUGAAAUGUGUGGCUUUCAGAAACUAUUACCUCAGCGAUCUUUUGUCUUAUAUAUUUUUUGUUAUUUAAAUUUAAACUUCCUCGAUUCCCUUGGGUUUAGGGAAAACUGUACGAAACUUCACAUUUUGCCAAAAUAUAUCAUGGGAAAUCUAUUCAAGAACUCUGUUUUCCACUUACAUGUGUAUUGUAGAAACGCCGAAUUAUGAAAAUUAGUGAUCCUUUUCUGAAAUCCUUUAAAAGUAUUUAAUUUACGGUAAAGCAGCGUUGGCGUUUCCACUAUACCUUAAAUGAACCUGAUUUUUUUUUAUUUGGGUGGAAUUUUGAUUAAAAUUCUUUGAACAAAGUUUACCAGAUGUUGAGUUUUGGUGAAGGAACAAGUUGUUUUAAGUAUCUGUUUGUACAAACAAGAGACGGGAUAAGAAUAUUAAGGUUUUUCUGAAUAAUUUACAAGUUCACGUAUUGAUCAUUGACCGAAGGUGAGAUUAUUAGCUUAAAAGUGAAAUUACUCAACAGGUGUUUUUCGCCGCGUUUAUCACUGCAUGAAUUUCUUUUUUUAACGACUGUAAUUCGCGACACUCAAUUUCGACGAAUCACCUGAAAGCUUGUAUAACUCUUAGAUUUUCCGGGUUUUUUAUUUCCUCAUCACUUGAAUUUCAUGUUUUUUUUACUAAAAAAGUAGCAAACUUGUUGUGAAAAAAUUUUCCACGACAUUCCUUUUUUUGGUCUUGUCCGUUCACAGUUUAUUAACAGGCAAAGAGCUUUCAAGAGUUUUAAUUAUUCUUAAUUAUGCAUAACUCUUUUUAACAGCUCUCAAAGACCGCCGUUGAUUUUAUGAGCCAUAAAUUUUUAAAUUGAAAUAGGACUUUGAACUGAUUGCAUUUGAAAAUAUUCUACUCGCUCACCCUGAAAACUCAGUGUUUUUUUUUUUCGGUUGAUUCUUCAACAUAAUAUGGGAAUUUUUGGGGAAGAUUUGUCUGCCGAAAACUGGGAUACGUAUAGCACACAAUCAUCUUUCUCGGGAUCGCGUUCAUGUACAUUUUCAAAUGCUAGUUCUCACAAAUAUGAUCACAUCCAAGUUAACUUUCAAGGUAUAUUUUUUCUGACCAGAAUUGGACUGUUGACGAAAAGCUGGCAUUGCUGGAGACUGUAUACUACGCAGCGAAUUGUAAAAACACGGCUUAAGGAAGUAGCGAGGUAAGAGAUUUUAAGCGCGUUUGCAACUUGUUUGUGUGUUUUUAUGACCUAACUGAGAUCCCUGUUGUGCGAGGAGGACUGUAUUGUCUUUAAAAUCAUCGUUGAAAAUUUCAGUGAUCAUUUCUACUGAGCGAACUUUUAGCAAGAAAUUAUCUUAGAGCGAAAGAUGUAUGUAGUAUAGUGGCGACAAUAAUUGAAUGAAAAAUGUGCGUCGUUUGUAGUGCAAAUUAAAACGCCUAUAAAGAAUAAAAAAGAUAUCAAUUUGUAUAACCUAUUGGUUAACUUAGUCAGUGCCACAGUUUUUUUUCUGCUUUUUGUUCGUUUUUUUUUUGUGGAGAGGCAAAUUUCAGUGCAGAUUCCUUGGAGCAAAAUUAAAUAUUUCUUGACGGCGAAAGAUGUGAUUUUAAAGCGGAAAGCGCUUAAUAUUUGGCUAGGUAAUAAUCAUUUAUUGUUGAUAUUUUCUUUGUUGAAAGAGUUCAUUAUGAGGAACACUUGCAAGCCAGAAUGUUUACUGUGUGGAAAGAAAACACAAAGAGGGCUGUUGUAGCGCACAGCGUAGCCUCGUAAGUACGAGUACGACUGAGAGAGCUUUAGCAAAGACGUUUUUGGGCGAUGUAAGUCAACUGGAAGUGUAGCUUUUUCCUUAUUAACAUGCCUGAACACUACCAAAAUUGUAUUCAUUUGCUAAGUGUCUUUACUCUUGUAGAGACAAUUUGCCUGAAAGUUUAAGUAAAACCACCGCCCAAGAAUGCAAAAAGUCCACUUCCAGUUGACUUGCGUGGGUCAAAAACGUCUAUUGCGUUAAUUUGAUGUUACACGGGACGUUUCCCAACAGCAAUAUUUAGAGCAACAUAGCAUUACAGCAUUGUUGCGACAUUGUUUCGAAUGGUUGCAAUAUUGUACCAACAUUGCAACGCUGUGUUGCGCUGAAAAUCAUCGUUGCAAAUCGUCUGGUGUAACAUAAGCUUUAAGAUGGGUGGGGUAAGUCUAUUUCAAAUAGUUUUUACUCGGAUUGGAUGUGUCGUGCUGUACCCGUGACGGCUUUUUCGGGUAUACCACACGGGGAUAGAGUGGGGGAGUGCACAUCAUUCAUCCCGUUCCAACCCUAGGGAUACUUUUUAAGGUCUUACCUGCUUACUGUACAUAUAAAUAGCUUUUACUUGGAUUGGACGUACCGUACCGUGCCGAACCCGUGACGGCUUUUUCGGGUAUACCACAUGGGGGUAGAGUGGGGGAGUACACAUCGUUUAUCCCGUUCCAACCCUAGGGAUAAUUUUAAAGGUCUUACUGUACAUAUCUAGAACCGUAUCUCGUCGUUGUCUUUUUAGGAAACGCGUUGUCGUAAAAGCUUUCUAUUGCUGGAAGAACUGGACGCAAUAUGCAAAGUAAGUCACGUGAUUUCCCUCCCGCUCCCUCCUUUGUUGGCAUUUUAUUUUUUAAUUGUAAAUCCUUGUGAAGGUUUUUUUAAUCUUGUAUUCUUACGGCCAUGAAAUCUGAUGAAUCAUAGAUAAAAAUUGGAGAUUUCAUUCAUCAAAUGGAACCCAGCAGUGCUUUCUUAAUGCCUUCUUCUCUAUCUUUUGACAGGAUCAUUCGUCUGCGGUUUCAGAGCAUGUGCAAAGAAUACCAUCGUCAUAAACUUGUGAAAAAUGCUUUUAAUCAUUGGCAAAUCCGGUUGAUGAACAGACGGGCAGACAGAAGAUAUAGCAGUGUCCUACAAAGGUUUGUCACUGAUUUGAUUGUUUAAGCGUUUAUUUUAUUGGUCAGAGCGGUUGGGACACUUCUAGUCAGUUUGAUCCUAGGAACUCGACGGAAACCAUCGGGUACUAAUUCAGUUGCUUCAAGGCUUAAUUUGAUAGCUUCGAGAGUCGGGUUCAGGAGUGGUGUUAGUUGCCAACUGGAAUCGUAACUGUUCUGGAAAGGCGUAAACGAUGCUACUUACUGUGAUAUUUUCAUAGACUGCAAGCUGUAACCAGUUGCAAAAAUAAAACAAACAAACAAAAAACUUGAGACACUGUCCCUUAAUUUGACUUGAGUGGCCUGUUUAUGAUCUUGUGCUUGUGAUUCCCUCUCCUCCCAUUAUUAAAGUUGUUAGCAAUACAGACCCAUGCUCAAAACUUGGUGGAACAACUUUGAAUGGAAGGAGGAGGUGAGUAUUAUAUCUCACAUACGUGUGACUAACAGUGGUCUGAAGUAAGAAAGGCCGGUUUUACGUCGGAGUGUAUCAUCAGUUUUGCAACUGGUUGUAUCUCUUAUCUGGGGGAUGUGGUUAGAAGUCACGCGCGAGCGGCACGCGAGACGAGACGGUCGCGGGUCACUCCGCUCGACACUCGAAAUGGAGUGCUUGUUCGCAGGCUAUCGUAUUUACUAAUUAAAUGCUUGUUUGUCGCUAUCUGUAGGAAGAUUUUCAAGUUGUGGUUUCUGCGAUACAAGAGAAAGGUCAUCCAUCGACAUCUCUGUAGGGCUUUGGCCAAAAAGGUAAGAAGUCUAUUCAGAAUAGUUGGCUACAUAUAUAGUUCACUUUCUCUAAAACCGAGGCCGUUGGGCGCGGCACGAAGUAUUUGUCUCAGAGAAGUAUCCGUUUGUUGCCUGCGUAGCUGGCGGGAUUUUAAUCGUGCUACUAGGGAGUUUGAGAUACCACGACGGUGACGGCCGGCACGAAAAGUUAAACGUCCCUUAAAAAACAUUUGCCUUAUAAAAUGCAAGUAAACUCUCUUUGAGCCGAAUUCCUAAGAACCAUAUUCAAGUUCAGGAAGAGAAAGAAAAUCUAGCCGUCGCUUGUUUACGUCUUCCAUAAAACGUGAAGUUAGGCAUUUUGCCGUCGUAGUCGUGCAGUGACGGUAAAGAAAUAGCAAAAAAGCGUGAUGCACGUGCAAAGUUGUUGUUUUGCCUAUUCAUCCUAAUGCUUUUUGACGUUCUCGUUGUCGUCGCCGUCGUGGUAUCUUAAAGUCCCUACUUUCCUGGCUGCGGCCGAGCCUCGAGGGAUUUUCGCAAGCGACGACGAAGCCACGAGGAAACUUGCUCCCAAUCUUCUUGUGGCUCCGCCGCCAAAAAGCAACAGCACUCGCCAGCUAAUUCAGGGCUCGUAUAGGUCAUGGAAAACCUGGGAAGUCGUGGGAUUUAAGAAUUUCAUUUUCCAGGCCUGGCAAGUUAUGGAAUUUAGUUGUCGGUCAUGAAAAAUUAAAGUUUUGUGUGAUAGAUUAGUUACUGCAGAUGUCAAGGCAAGGACAAUGUAAGAUAGAAGGAGUAAUUAAACAGCGCAAACGGCACGCAUUUUGGUGGACACCAGGGCUGAGUUGCUCAAAGCAUGGUUAGCUUUAACCAUUGGUUAAGCAGUAUCAAAACCAAUACGUUGUGAAGGUAUUAAACGCUGGUUAACGCUAACCAUACUUCGAGCAACUGGGCCCAGAGUUUAAGUCUGUUAAACUGUUUAAGGUCAAAAAAUACCCUAAAACAAGAAAGGUUUUAAAUUUUUUUAAAACUGACAACUAACCCUAAGGCCUUAGAAAACUUAAAAAUAUCAUGGAAAAAGUCAUGGAACUUGAAGAGCCCAACAGAGUUCGAACCCUGUAAUCGCGCCAGCAACCCAGGCUAACCCACGUGUAGAGAGUGGAACAAUGAAAAUGACUGAAGAAAGGCAGAGACCAACUCGUGUUAGUUGCACAUAGAAAUUCCCAUCGUUAACAACAUGUUGUAUGUAAUCUUCAAUCUUUUUUCAGGGAAAGAAACGUCGUUUCUUUAACAGAUGGUCAAGUUACACGAGACAACAGAUGGAGAAGAGGAAAGCUUUUGUGGGAACUCUAGAACGAAUGCUAACAGGCGUUAUGUUGAAUAACUGGAAAGAACAUGUGAAAAUGAAAAAAUCGCUUAGGUAGGUGUCGGGGAAGAUGCUCGAUAUGCCAAGUCAAUAUUUGCACUAUUGUGUGGUUCUAUUGUGUGAAGUAUAGUAUAUUGUGUUAUUGUGUAAGGGCUAGGGAUCAUUGUUGUGUACUUUGUGACGUGACUCGAGACUUGCUUUUCACGUAGUAUGUGGUGUACCAGCGGUUGUUGUUGUUUUGAAGUACUAAGUUCGUAGCAGAAUGAAACUUUUUCACCCGCCUUUUUUAAGAACACCUGUUAAAUCUGCCGGGAAUACCUUACGCUGAAAACCCAGUCAAGUUCACUAAUAUUGCCAAAUUUGUUUCUGAAAAAGUGAAAAAAUCAAAUACUGCCACCUUCGUUACAGCGCAUAUCCACUGCGCAUUCACGGGAUGAUGAACCUGUUGCUUCUUUGCCGUUCUCGUUACAGUCCUCGUCGUCCUCGCUGAUCUUUAGACCCUAAAGAGCUUUCUAUUCUCUUUUACAGAGACAGGCUACAUCAGUUGACUGAAAAGAAGAAUCAGCUUGCCUCAAGACGAAUAAUGGAUCGGUGGUUGUUUGCCAUAAAGGUUGUUAAUUUCAGAAAGAAGGCGAGAUUAAAUUGGUCAAGACGCUGUGCAAGGUAAUGCGGAACGUUCUUGAACUUAAGCCUUGAGCAAGUCGUGAGCGGUCAUAAAGUUAAUGGGGUUUUGGUUUUUCUUAUUUAAAUUCCUCUUUGUUAAGACAGCCCAACGCCAAUAUUUAAUUUUGUCCUCUGUUGGAGGGUUUGAAUCAGAAUUUUUUUCCUUACUUUUAACAGGAAAGCUUCUGAAGCGUGGAAGAUUCUUUUAAAGAGAAAAUACCUGGAGCAAAGACUGUUGGAUAAUCGCAGCGUCUGGGAACGGUUGAUCAUGAAAAGUGGGUAGUUUCAUUUUACAUGCGGCAAGUCCAAGUAGAAUAAUUGUCGGUCAAUACCUCCAAAUAACAAUAAGUUAAUAAGUCUAAAUCUAAAUCAGCGAACAAGUCUAAAUAGCAAAACGGAUGGAAGAGACAGAUUGAACAACUGGCCGAGGACUGAUUACGAAAUGUGGCGAAAAAGUGCAAACGACAGAGAGAUAUCAGAAAAAGAAGUGGGCGAGAAGACUGAAAGAAUAUUAGCCUCUCUCGGUAUGACCAAAAAUAACCCGAGAAUUUUCAGUCUCUGGCUCAAACUAUGUGGAAGAGAAAGGGUGUAAAUUUAAUAUGUUUCACCCUUAUCGUUCAAGUAGCGAGGUUAUGUCUAGAUAGAUCUAGAUACAGUCGAUUCCCGAUAACUCGAACCUUCAUGAGGGAAAUCAAAAAAAGUUCGGGUUCCGCAAGUUCGAGUUAUCGGGAGUCAACUGCACUGGUACUAAUGGCAGGAGUUACAAUGUCUUACGCAGUGGUGAGAGCACUGGAGGUGACUCCUUGUGAGGAUUACAUGUAGUUUAUCGUUAAAGUAUCUUUCCCCCAUGGGGUUUUCUCUUGGUACUCCGGUUUUCCCCUCUUCUUAAAAACUAGCGCGUCAAACUCCAAUUCGAUCUGGAUCUUACCGACACUCGUUAAGACAGUUCGUUUAGUUUUAGUUCCCAGGAUGUGAGUGUGGAUCAAGCUUAAACUGAACCCUAAAGGAAGCCAUAUUAAAACUGACAUCACGGCAUUUUUUGUAAAUUUGUUUAUGCACCGCCCUAAGCUAUACCUGGAUGGGCGAAUAUAGUGACUUUCCUCCUAAACACCCUAAGUGAGACCAAAAUCUGCAAUUUUCACCCCAAAGCGAAACGACGAGUAUCCCCGACCGUCACUUUUAUAUGGGAGUCCUCCCACGGGGGGGCUUGCCAUUCCAGGUUCAAUGCCGUCUUCUUUCCUCUGCCGUCCUUUUGCGUCAGUUCGCUAUUGUCUAUUAACACACCUUUUAUUACUAUCAGGAAUAUUCAAGAAAUGGAGACAUCAAAAACGUCAAGUUGAUGCAGAGAAUGAGAAGGUGUUCAGAGCACAAGCGAUUCUUGCGCGUAACCACAAAGCCAGAGUUCUGCAGGGCUGGAGAGUUGUGAACCAAGAACAACAGAUCAUCUCACCCAUGGUGGCCAGGAGGGAAAGAAAAGAAAUGGCAAGGUAGGUUAAUUUUAAUUGCGGUCCACAAUGGAAGAGCGCAGCCUAAUUUGGUGUUUGCUGGCCUGUGCUACCAUGCCAUUUUGUCUAAUCCUUUGUUACACCAAGUUACCUUUUUCGCUGAAGAGUCCAAAGAGAAAAAAAAAAAGUGAAACGACCGCAAUUCUCCAAUCUCUUCAGUGAUGAAACUGGAGCCAACGUGGACACUGACAGGUUCCGAACUCGAGACCCUCUUUGACUUCUAGCUUGAGCGUUCGUCCCGAGUUUUAACUUCUGAUCCCGUUUGCAAAAUAUUACCCUUAAUGUUUCAUUUGAAAUGUUUCGAGUGUUUUGUUUCAUAUCGUAGAAAAUAAAACUGAACGUUCAACAGAGCUCAUAUGGUCGUCAUCCGAGUCUGCUGAUUUAACGUUGUGUUAAGUGAUCGACAGAGCCUAAAAUGUAACUCCUUUGCCGUAACUUUUUCAGGGUCUUCGAUGCUUGGCGGCUUCACGUGCAUCGACAAAAACACAUUGUUGAUCAAAAGACGAGAACCACUGAAAAAAUCCUGGACAAGCACUUUCUGUUUUGGAGGUAAGCUUUGGGUUUGUUAAGGCGAUGGCGAUUAUUUUUUUUUAAGCCUAAUAAUUUGUUGCUUUUUUUACUUCAGGGAGCGAGCCUACCUGCGAAUAAAGGAGAGAGAAGUAAAGGAGACGCUGCUGGAUAGUAAGCUGUCGAGGGCGUUUAAUGCGUGGAGAAGUAAGUGCACUCUUAUUUAUUCGAGUUAUUUUCUUUGCUAAAGGAUAAAAUACUACUUUUGGGCAGUGACGCAAUGAAUCAGUUACGGCGCGAAGCAAAACUGCUUUAGAAUGGAGAUAUUUGCAUUGGCCUUGGCAGUAUUGGCGGGAAAAUAGGCACCUGGUAACCGUUAACCUACGCCAAAGCGCGGGAAAUCGUAAGCAGCCGCUGUUAAGCGCGGGAAAAGGUGUCGGCUGGUACCAAGUGAAUGAAAAUAAGGUUUUGACGCCAAGUAUGGAAAAAAAGGUAUUUGAAAUCUUUGCAAUUUCUUAGUUUCACAAUAUAUGCAGCCAAGCUAGGUAAUAGUCUUUACCCCUCCUUGACUGUCUUUAAAUAUUUGAUCAGAGGGUAUGAAGAUACCAUCAAGCCUUGAAGACAUGUAAUGUGUCAUGGAAGUGUUUGUAUUCAUACUGUCUGACCCUCUAGUAAACUUAAUGCUUUUCCUCUCUCGGCAUGUACGUCUUUUCUUUAUUUAUAACCAUUUUUUCUCGUGUGUUGAAAACAAGGAAUUUAUACACGGGCCCUCAAACUACUAGGCUUUAAAUGUCAUCUUGUAUAAAUAAAGCUUUUGAUUUUGAUUUGAUCAAAAGUAAGCGUAGACAUGUAAGAGGGAUGUAUAGAUAGUUGUACACUGGGUAGAUGAGAGGGUGUUUGUAAUAGUUGCACGGGAGUUUAUAUCUCUUUGAUCAGUCUUUGUAAGACUACUGAGUCAGUCUUCCGCGAAGGCACAAGAAAAAUAGAAACUGUUUCAGGUCUCGAAAAUAGUCCUGUCCAAUAAUCCGGAACAAAAAGAUUUUCUUGCUGGGGAAGUAACUUUUAUAGUUUAGUAGCCCAUUGGACAAGGGUCCAGACACGUUUUGCUCUUUAAAUAAAACGAGCAAUAUUUGACCCAGGGCAAAAUUAUGUGAGAGCUACUUGCCCGAAGGUCAAUCUGGAAUUCCAAGAUUUUUUCGAGCCCUGUUGUUUGGAGUUUAUAUUAACAUUUUGCGUCGAACUUAUCGAUCACUUUGAUUUCUACAGCCUUUAUAAAGGAGCAGCGGCAUAACAGAGUAAAAGUUCGGGCGCGUAAAUUUCAACUGAUGGAGAAGUAUUACAGUGCAUGGAAAGACAAAGUACAAGUAAAGGCCGAGGAGAAGAUUGAGGAGACUGGUAAAGAGGUAAAUGAUCCUUGCAGCAAACUCGCAAUGGGCACUAUAUAUCCUUUCUUUUCAAGGUCCCAGUAUGUUUGCCAUCCAGCAAGGCGUUUUUGUAUCUUGUGACCGUUUUUCUGCAAAGGGUCCAUUGCGGUAAAAUUAAUUCAGCUAAUCUAUACCUAAGCAUAUACUUGUGCUCCACUCAUUUUGCACGAGUUUGAACGCGCAUUUUCAACAAAAAUAUGACAUGGCGUGUGCUUGAAAGAAAGUUCUAAGACGACUUGAACGCAUUUGAAAGUGAAGGAAGACGCGUAACCCGAGAAGGACAUUACAGCGACCUUUUCGCCGCGUGUAAAAUUUCGGAUAACAAAAUUGAUGCUUGCCGGUGAGAUACAAAUGGGGGAAAUUAAAAAUGAGACAAACCUUCGCGUGUACAAUACGUUAAAGAACGUAAAUCAUACUGCUUAUAAAAAUUUCACUUCCUCGCCUGUAUCAAUACCACACGCGCUAGAGUAAUGUUCUGUUUCUAUGUAGGCACGCAGUACGUUGCUGGUCAGAUGGUCUUUCAGAUAUUGGCGGAGAUCAGCUGAGCAACAAAAAACUUAUCGCUUGUUACAACAAGAAACUGCUGACCAGUUCUACAAGACCAUGAUUAUAAAGGAGGCCUGGGCCGUGUGGGUCAGAAGGUACCGCGUGGAGGAAUGGGCAAGGUAACGAUGUUUUGCGUCAUUAUGUUUAAUGUAAUUAAGGAUUCACUCCAAGUAUUUGUAGAUGGUGCAAUCACCAGAUGACGGAACACAAGACCAGCAAGAAACUGAAGAAUACCCACGCCCUUUGCAGGGGACUCGAAAAAGCUUUUUAAAUACCGUGAAAGUUUGGACAGUGAACUUGUUAUGGCUGUAUUUUUCUGUAGUAGUCUUUUUAACGGUGAACCAAUAGCCUUCCCUUGCUGUGCAAAAUUGCAAUUUUGCAAUCCUCUGUUGUGAACACUCAGGCAGAUACUGCACUAGUUGGUCGCUAGCAGUGCUCUUCUGUCUUACUGAUUGCCAAGCUGCUAAUAUGACCAAUAAAUCAGUCGUCAAUGUGAUUUAGGUGAACGCUCUAGGAAGUUUUAUGAUUCUUCUCGAGUCGGUAUUUUUAGAUCUAUGUUUGACGCAUUUUACACGGUUUUCUUUUAUUCUCUAACCAGGGAUCACGUUCGAGCAAGGAAGGAAGGUUUUCUCAGAAAGGUUUUUCAAGCGUGGCGCGGAUUCAUUAAAGCAACUCUUCAGCUUGAAAUGCAACACUUUGCCACUUCACUGUCCGGCCUGGACUCGUCUUUUGGAUCCUUUACCGCUCCGCCCUUUCGUAAUGUGCUCGGAUCGACGCUCGGCUCCACCUUCGGAUCAACUUUGGGUUCGCCGUCGCCGACCAUGUCUGAUGCACUGACGUCAUCUGGUUAUGGGGCGUCAAUGAGGAGAGGCUCUGGCAGUGUAUUCACGUUUGGUGUGUUACCCAAGGAAAGAGAUGAUGAUGUAAGUUUGAAUGUGCAAUUUAUUUGUCUCUUAUUGUUAAUGUGCAAUUUUGUUACAAAUAUGCGUAAAUUAUGAUCCUUUAUGUAACAUCAAAGAUUGAGAAUUUUAGCACAAGUUUAUAACUCAGUCGCGGUUGUUCUGCCGUCCUCUGUAUAGCAUUUUUACGUUGUUACCGGUUCAUUAAUAGGGAAUUUGUACAUUCUUUUGCCGUCACUGCGCGACUACGACUUUAAAAUGCGUAAUUUCACGUUUUGUGGAGGACGUAAACAAGCGACGACGAAAGUUUCUUUCUAUUUCUGAACUCGGAUAUGAUUCUUUCGAAUUCAAAUCCAGAAGAGUUCACUUUCAUUUGACAAAGUAAGCUUGUUGGGAAAAUCGUGAUAGAGAUUGAGAGAACGUGAAUUCCCUUUUUAAGUGACGUUUUCGUCGACUUCGCCGUCGUGGUAUUACUCCCUAUUGAGAAGCUAACCUUCACUACAAAAUGCUCAAGCUCUCGGUUAUGGAACUUGUCAAAAAGAUUUCUGCUAUCCCAAAAAUUGGUAUUGAAUUGAUUUAGCACCAUUCUAAGGAAUUUUCCUCUGUUCUUUUCCUCUUCCCAGACUGCCUCUUUACCAGGACGGAUUGACCAGAUAAAUCAUCUCCUAAGACCGGGGAGCCCACAAAACCGACCCAUCUCUCCCAUAUCCAUUUUAAGAGACUCCCGUCCAGUUUCCCCCUUGGUAUUCAAUUCAAACCAUACCAGCCCCACUCCCUCCCCCAGUCCUGAGCGGGAUCCUUACCCACCCACACCUCCCAUCAGAUAUCAAGACUUUUCUCCUGUCAAGUCAGAAGAUGAUACUGGGAUUCACUCAGGAAGCAGCGAAUCUGAUCACGAGGUAAUAGGAAAAGGGCAGUAAGGCGGUGGUAUAGAGUCUAUAGAGCGUUUUCACUCACGUGGCCAGCAUGUAUGAAAAUUUACUGCAGUUCAAUUUCUACUGGAUUGGUUUUGAGCACGAACAUGACCGCCGUUUCACUGUUUUGGAACACCAAUGUGGCCGCUUUGACCUCAUGUGAAAACGCUCUAUGAGAUGGGUGAAUCCAUCUCCUGCCUAUCGGCGAGAUAGACUCCUAUUCUUGCAAUGAACGAAGCAAACAGUUCAAGCUAAUGGCUUAGGUGCUAUUAAAUGGGUAUCGAGGGUAUCGAUGACAUAGUGUCUGGAGACCCUGUAUUUCACUAUUUGGCUCACAAAAGUCUAGCGCAACUCAGUUUUAGUGGCAUUAAGCAUUAAGCAGUAGGAACACGGUUCUCGACACCUCCAUCCCCAAACGAUAUUAAGCGGUAGGAACACGGUUCUCGACCCCUCCAUCCCCAAACGAGAUUCUAGUGUAUCGCAGUACGUCACAUGUACCAACUUAUCUUUAUAUCUGGGUCAAAAAGAGUACAGUUGGCUGUAGGUAUCCACCUAUAUAGCGGGAUCAGAGAGAAAACAACACGCCAACCCGACGAGGGCGAGUUGCUAUGGAAACCAGAGAAAAAAGUGGUAACGAUGUCAUGCAGGAGAACCUUUUUUUAGUUAAGUCGGGGGUUUCGUUUUAGGCCGGUCACCAGACGCAACGUUUGGUUGUUUGGUGCGUACGAAAUAAUAUUUUUUUUUAACUUGUAAAAGAAAAAAACGAACAACUGCAAACCGAUAGUUAUAAUUGUCAAAUCAAAUAUUUAAUUUUUCAUAAGCAUUUUUUAAUAUGUUAAAAGACCUUCCCGGCUAACCAAUUCCGGUCCAGCGAACGCAAGAAAUUGUAUUUUAGAGAGUCUAAUUUCCUGGGGGAGCAUGUCUCCCGGACCUCCCUAGAAGGUCAUGCCUCCGGCGCUCAAAGUUCGCGCCUGCGGCAUGAAGGGUGAAGCAGCUGAACCUCUGCAUCCGGUACUUCCAAAUGCUAUCGAAAACCCUAUAGGUGUAUAGCGAUUCCACCAUUUUUACAACUUGGCAUCUUUUUCCCUUCUUUAGGAUGACCGCAUGAGUACUGCAUCCUGCACCUCUUUCACUGGUCGAAGCACCCAGAGUGAGAUGCGAGACCGUGAGCUCAUGGCAACUGAAACCAUUCUCCACUGGAGAAAUCUGCCUCUAAGUUUGACGUUUAGAACAUGGCUGAAAUACACGCGGCAGAGAAAGCUUCAGAGGGAACUGCUUAACUACCUCACGAAUAACAAGACCACGGAUUUGAUGGUGAAGACCUUGGCAACAUGGAGAAGGGAGCUAUACACUAGAGUCACUUCGAGACAACAUUGGGUUAGUUGACUGUAAUAGAGAUGUUUGGACGACAACGAGGACGAGGUGUAGUGCGCGCGCGUGAAUCAGCGUCAUUUUGGCGGGAAAAUGCUGUAGCUUUCGUCAUUUGACUACGAAUUUUAGCGAGUCUUUGUGGAGGAGCCAAGUUAUCGAAUGUUAGAAUUUUUAUCAUUUGUGCUCGAAAAAGGGCUUAACCUCCUUCAAUAUAAAUAACUUUGCUGACAAUUCUGGUGAAAAAGGUACAAUGAAGGUUUCCAGGAUGUCGAUCUGUUUUUUAGAAUACGCGAAAAAAAAACAAACAUAAAGCGAAAUCUCGUCGUUGUCCUCGAAUCUAAAGAUCUCUGAUAUCUUCAAAGCAACGUUUCUUGUCAAAUGUAUCGCGGCUUCUGAAAAUGUCACCGUGGAAGGUGUCAAAGCAUUCGCCAUUUUAACACGUCCUGAAGUUUUCUUUUCUUUUCUUUUCUUUUUUUGUAUCAGCUUUAUACGUCCCGUCUUAAAUGCUUAAGGGCCUGGCACGAGUACGCAGAUUCUAAACGCAUUCAGGAAGAUAUGAAGUUACUGGCUGACAAGCAUCGCAGGCUCACGCUGUUGAAAGGACGGUUUCAGAAAUGGAAGAAGCGGGUUUGUUGUUUAUUUGCAAGCCGGGAGUUUUUUUGUGGGGAUGACUGUAAACUGAAUUAUGUUUGUUAUUUUUCAGUGUACGUCCAAGAAGAAGCUUCAGGCACUGAUAGGACAGUGGCAAAAGAAAGCAUUUGGUAAGUGGCAUAGUCACGUUAAAAAAAAAAAAAAAUUAAAAAAAAUUGUCAUCAUGGAGCGCCUCUAGUUUUUCUUCAAUACUGUAAACUGCCGCCAAUUAGCCCCUCCCCGAUUUAUAGGCAUUGAAACAAAUUCGAUUUAUCAUGAUAUUAUGAAGCUCAAUAAAAAACCAGCAGCACUGCUAUACCUUGUUUCGAAUAAGCGCUUUUUGUAUUCCAGUCAUAAGCCCCCUCGGAUAUAAGCCCCCCCCCCCCCCCCCCCCCACUCGUUUAUAACCCCUUUUAAACCCCCUUAUGGAGAUGUAUAAACCCAGGACGUAUAAGCAACAGUUUACGUUAUUUGUAAAGAACAGAAUAAUAAACGAAACUGAUGUGUUGCCUCGCAGGAGGAGUGACAUUAGACCUUGGUUUUUUAAACUGAGGUGAUAAAGAUGAUUUAGACGUUCAGGAGCUAGGUCUUCUUCAACAACCAACAAAUCUUUGCGCCAAGACAAAUUUUGCGUGGUCGCACCAUAGAAUUGCGUUUGUACCCUGAAAAAUUAUGACCACUUUUCAUGUCUUUGGAUUAGCUCCUGCAGUAAAGACGGAACGAUGCAACUGUUUUUGCUACUUUUUAGUGACGGAAGAAGACAAAAGCUCCACUCAAGUAAUUCAGAAGAAACAGAAAGCUCGGUUUGUUCGUCAUGCCUUCUACUACUGGGCUAAAAUGACCAGGAAGAGUCAAGAGGCUAAGCGAUUAUACAUGGAGAGACUUCUUCCAAAGUAAGCAUUACCUUACAGACUGCCUCGUGUCCUUGUCUUUGUUAUGUUGUAUUUCCUAGAAUUUUAGUUUUGUUUAGAAACAAAGCACAAAAGCCACUGAAAAGGGCAUCAUUUUUAGAGUUAUGAAAGCUGUGAGUUUAGGAUCUUGUAAUGAUGAAAAAAGAAGGAAAGACGCCUUGCGUCCAUAUCCAUAUUCAAUCUCAAAAAAAUAGUACUUUCAAUAAGAUUUUUUAGACGGAUAUUUCUCUAAGGCACAUGGUGCCAUUCCAAAAAGUGUUCGUCUUAUUUAGAAUUGAUUGUUUGUGAUAACGCUUUCUCUAUUUUCAAUUUUACGUAGAUGUUUUGUGGCCUGGCAUGUUCUUGCUUCUACACGAGUCACAAACAGAAGAAAUGUUGUGCUGUUUGGAGAAAGGCGGCUUCUUGUCAUGGUAAGGAGGAAGCUCUUUUUCAUGUUAUUUUUCUAAGGACGUGAAAUCUACGGUUACGGUUACCACUUCAUUUGCGGGACCUUGUUACAGUUAAUUCUUGUUGUGUGAACCUUUGUAUCCAAGAAACAAGAAGAUCAUACGGGUUUAGUGUAAGUUUUAAGUCUGUGGACGAAGUCCUUUGGCGUGACCUUUCAAAUGAAAGCUCUUUAGUAGCACUUUCACAUGGUUCGAUUUAUUUUCUAAGUAGUAAUAAGUUUUGAGCCAGUGGCGGAAACCCUAUGGUGUGGCCCAAGGGAAAGAAAAGGUGCUUUUGUUUGCUUGUUAUUUUUUUAAAUUGUUAAUGGUAUUAUUUUCCACGCUUAACUUAAGGCUUUUCGAGAAUGGCAAGCACGAUUUCAAGCUGUCAGCCGAGUGGAUGAGUUUAUCGAGGUUAGAACAACUUCUUACUUUGAAUGAUUUAGUUUUGACUGAAAUAGCAAUAACAACCGUGAUUAUUUUCAAUCACAUCGGUUCUCAAGAGGGGAGUUUUUUUGAAGGAGACGGAAAGCUGUUGUAAAAAGAUAAUAAAGCAAGUCAUUCUUAUUGUUGAUCGCUACAGGCUAGAACUAACUUGCUAAAAUUAUUUUUCCUCUUCUAGCUUAAAGAAACUGAUCGACUUUUGGAAGUUCUCAGAGGCUGGCAUGCGUGGGCAAAUGGUAAGCACUGUGAAGCUGUAGUUACCUUUCCGUUAAAGCGUUCCUUGGGAAAAUAAUUCAUAAUCCUUUGAGCCCCAAUAGCUUGCGAACGCAGACGUUUUUCCGGUUGUCGCUUCAUUUUUCGGGUGGAGAGAAGCGACGUCUGCGUUCAUAGGCUUAAGCCCCAAAACCCUCGUUCUUUCUAUAAUGUGCGAUUCACGCAAAAAUAUUAAGAAAGAACUAUGGAAAAAGUAAAGGAUAAGAUUUUUGUCAUAGAUGGUGAUGAUUUUAUUUGUGUAUUUACUUAUUUAUUUAUUUUAAAGGCAUGAGCACGCAAAGAAAACAGGCUCGCCUGUUUCGUCGUUCCGUGGAACUGAAGAUUAUGAAGGAGAUUUUUACUGAGUGGCUGAACGGAGCCCAGCAACUUCAAUUAGCAAGAAGGACGCACGAACACAACAUUAUUAGAAGGUAUUAAGAAUGGAAAACAAAGGACUUUUGAAAAAGUACAAUCGUGGCUUUCGUUCGUGCAUGAAACAAACAGACCUAAAAGGUUGAUUGGUGCUUUUUUUUCUCAGUGUGUUUGUCUGCUGGAAAGAUGUGGCUCUGGAAAGGACAAGAAACAGACGCGCCAUGCACGAGUUCAAGAAACACGCGGCUGCAAACUUGGUAAAUGUUCGAGUAAUUAAAUGACUAGUUGACUGACUGAUUGACUGGCUGACUGAGUGAGUGAUGAGUGAUUGACUGACUGAUUGACUGACUGACUGCCUGACUUGCUGACUGACUGACUGACUGACUCACAGACUGACUGACUGACUGACUGACUCGCUCACUGACUCAGUGAGUUAAAAGUGUUUGACUGACUUAUUGACUGGCUGACUGGCUGACUGGCUGACUGGCUGACUGGUUGACUGACUUACAGACUCUCCGACGGACUGACUAACUGACUCACUGACUGACUCAGUGAGUGAUGAGUGAGUGACCAUGACUGACUGACUGAAUGACUAUCUGACUGACUGACUGACUGGUUGACUCACAGACUCUGACUGACUGACUAACUGACUGCCGACUGACUCACUGACUGACGGACUGGUUGACUGAUCGUCUGACUUAAUAUGUGAAUGUUUUAUCUUAUUGACUGAUCGUUUCCUGGUUUGAUUGACUGAGCGACUGCAUAACUUAUUGCCUAACAUCUUUUUACAGCUCGCUCGAAGCUUUCGAUUCUGGCAACAGCUCCACGGACAUUGCGAGGUAUCGCGGGCUCAUAGCCAACAGCGUGACCAGAAUCAAUUACGCGAGUGCUUUCAAGAAUGGCGAGAUUAUACCUUGGAAAUUAGAGCUGACAAGUAUUAUGUCGUAGCCAUACAAAAGAAGGUAUGGUGGGAAAAGAAUAUUGAAGCAAACAGGCUUAGUCCUUCUAAUUCUUUUGAGCAAAAUCAUAUAACAUUGUACGCGAAAGUUCUUCUGGUUGUUUUACUAGACCGGCGGAGGCUAGAUCAAAAGAGUGGCAGGAAAUGGCGGGAAACUGAGACUCGGCAAAGUGUUUUGUAAAAAACAAACCGCAAGACUCUGUUGCGAGCCUGUUUAAUAAUAAAAAAAGUGGUUAUCAAAGUCAAAUCAUUAAAUUUUGGCAGUAAGGAGCUUCGAUAGACAACAGCAUAAUCGAAAUCCGUUGACCAUUAUCAGAAAUGUUGUUUGCACGAUAUACUAGGGAAAUAGUUAUUGUAUGUGUUUUAAUUUGGCAAUGACGGAUUUCGUUUUACUUAGUUUAGGCAGACAUUUUUCUUAGUUUUCGCUUGGCACUGUUUCUGUAGCACACUGAGUUAAGAAGUCAAUUUACCAACUUAUAAAGAUUAAAGCAAAUCAAUAGAUUAUUGCUUGUGCAAGGUUUGUAUGGCAAAUGAUAAAGCAAUGCUGCUGGCGGAAUCAUAGCGUCGUGACGAACAAUGAUAAUGAAUGAGUGGAAUGAAAGUUGUUCUUGGAUUCCGUGGGAAUUUAGAAUGCCGAUUUGGAAACUAAGUUUCUGUUCUCGAUUUUGCGUUAUUCCGUGUUGCAUUGGUGUAGUGCAGUCUCGCCAAGUCUAGUGAAACUAGGGUCAAAUCUGAUCGGAUUCAUUCUGUGCGUUUCGAAGCCGCACUGAUUAAUCUUAGCGAACGUUUCAUUAUCAUUUAUGCCACUGAAAUGAUUAAGGCUUGUCGCUAUAUAACUCGUAUCGGAAAUAGCAUCCCUUUGAAUGAUCCUGAGAAGCAAUUUAGCUGCUUUGUUUGGGUUGCAGUUUUUUUUCAGUUUCUUUUGGCUAUUUUUUUCCCAGCGAAUCAGCCGUGUCUCUUUACUCCUUGCUCCUCGCCGCGCAACGUUCCUGGCGGCGAGGAGCGAGAAUAGACGGCAGUAUUCGUAGGCUAGCUUUCUUAUAUCCUUGAAAACAAAAUGGAGAAAUUAAUUAAAUCUUUUUCUUGAUGUGUUACACUCUUGGUGAGAGUAAAUUGAAAGUCAUCUUUAAUAACAUGUUGUAUGUCUUGAGAAGGUUAUUGAAUUGUUGUUAAUUUAGAUGCCUUCUCUUUUUUAAAGAUUUUGCAGUAAAGUGGUACAGAGCUCGGAAUCUCCUGAGAAACUCUUUGUUUUACCAUGAAAUUUUUGGAAAUUCCAAUUUAUAAAAUUUUCUUCCGUACGUUCUAAAACCGACGAUAAUCGGUUUUACUGAUUGCGGAGUAUAUUUACUUUUCAUAAUUAAUAAGAGCCAACGGACAUUGGAUAUAAACGUUGUUUUAGCUGUUAUAAAUUAAAUCGAGGCAAUUAUUUGCUUUAGGUUUCUAAUUUUCAAUGCUAAUUGUUAUAUUUUCGCAAUUUCCAUUUCUUCUUCUCUCAGAUGUUCCUUUGUUGGUACGACGAAUACACCUCGAGGAAAACUGUAAGUUUACACCAUUUCUUAAUGUAUUUUUCCCAUUUCACGUAUCUAUCACUGAAGCUCAGGAGUUAUCAGUGUAAAUCGAAAGAAGACGAGCCUUCGUUUGGAACAAAAACAUAGUAAUUACAGAGAAAUAUGGAGUAGCGUGUUUUUGUAAAACUAAUUUCUUAGCUAAUUUCUUAAGGAAGCUCCUUACAUUAUAACAGUGCUACGAACGUUUUCUUUACUUUCCAUUUUUCUUUUUUUGUUCUUACAGACUCGUCGUCUCAUCUAUACUUGGAAAAGCAUCACCGAAGGUGUGAAAAUAACUAACAGAUGUUCUACAUAGGUUUUUGAGGAUGUUAGGCCUUUUCAAAGAUUCCCCUCGUUAAAUCAUCGUGCCUUCCGCCUAUAUUUUGGUAUUGUUGCUGGCUCUUUCCGAGAAAAGAAGUUCGGUUUGUCGGUUUGUUGCCGGGGUUUUCAAACUUUUUAUUGCCAGCGGUGCCUCUUAUGUCUGAUAGAAAGUUAUGGAUAUAUAUUGUGGUGAUGAACUUUUCUUAUUAAGUUUUUAAACUGGCAUCGUCGGUAAUGGUCAAAUCAGGAGUCAAGGAGAUAGCGAAGCAAACGCACGUUUACUCACGUUUCAGUUGAAAAGCGGAGGAAAACGGAUGCAGCCAAGUCACGUGUUAUUUUGAAAUUACACUUGAUUGGUUUAAAACGUGGCCCGAAACUUUUUAGCCAAUCAAACGUGUAGUAAAGCAAAAUCAAAGAGGCCACGAAGCUAACACGAAAGGCUUUAACGCGGAAAACGCUGCACGGCUAGGUUUUGCAGAUGGUGAAAACUAACUAAAGAUGAUUUUUGUUUUGUUUUUGUUGUUUUUGUAGAAGCAAAGGUGUUAAAUACCAGGGCGAUGCACAUUGCCGAAGAUUCCGAAAAGAAACUGUUGCGCCGUAUGUUUGACUACUGGGUACAGGAGGCUCAUAAAGUACAAAAAGCUAAAAACCACGCCCACGACAAACUUUUGAGAAGGUAAAGAGAAAAAAUAAAAUAAACCGGAAUAGAGGUCUUUUCUACCUGCCCACCCAGCCUCUUCUCCCGAUCACGACUGAUUUUCAAACUACCGAACGGAAGAAACUAAAAUCCAGAACCUUUAUCCUUUAGGAAGUGAAUUUUGAAACCUUUUUAGGUUCAUUCAGAGUUUUAGACCGUAAACGUUGUGCACAGGGCCACUCCGAUAUCGGAACGCUUUGAAUUUGACCGGAAAAUUGUUAUUUGAAUUUCUUAAAUGCGCAAUGCAGGGUUCAGAACGCGCCGUAUGGAACGAAAAGAAUUUACGGCACUAUCAAGAAUAAGUUGUUUGAACAUCAUGAUACUGAUUAUCAUUUCCCUUAUUUCACGCCCUCCAUGUCUGAUUUAGCGAUAGAUUUAAGGAGAGAUAAGAUGUUGAUCGUUAGAUUUGGUCCAGGCGUGUCAAAAGAUAGGGCCGUGGAGAUGCGGUCAUAUUUCAUGAUCCGGAGAAUUUCUUUCCUGCAGACAACACAACAUUGGUUCUCGUAGUAUUUUUAACCCAGUAAACAGUCUUAGUAUUAUUACGAUAGUAGUAUUUACUUAAUGUGACUUGUUUCAAACAUGUGCUGACUUUUUUCUCUCUCUGUUAUCUCUCAACAGCACACUGCUCGGCCUUCAUCAGUACGUACACUGUCGAGUAGAAAGGCGCCAAGUAUUACAGGAAAUCCAUCGAGACAAGGCUCAUCAGCUGGUAGGCACUUUGUUCUUUAUAAUACUCAUUUUUGUCAUAUCUAGAAACCGAGAAGUGGGUUAAAACUAAUGAAAUUUUCAAUCAAUUUUGUUGAGUUGCUGUUGCUUCUAAAGUGAAAAAUACUUCUGAAAAAUUCCUUCCAAGUGAGAAUUUCAACAUUUAAAGGUAAUUAAGAUCCAAUUCAUUCGUUUCGAUUCAAUGCAUUAUUUAAAACCUUAAAAGUAUGUGUUGCGUAGAAUUUUGUAUCGGCGAUAAUUCAAGGCAACAAGGCAAAAACAUUUCAAAGUAAAAAUAAACAAAGUGUCAUUGGUUCUUUAAUAAAAAAGGCCUUUCACCGCAAACACUGAUGUUACUGUUGCAAUUGAGGAAAUUGAUCAGAAGUAUUUUUUGUAACCAUCAAAAUCGUAUUCGAAUAAAUAAGUUACGUUAGACUGGUAUUUUUUGCUUCAGUUGUCUAACUCCUUUAAGACUUGGAGGGAAAGUUUCCAAAGAAACGUUAAAAACUUGGAAAUCCUGGAAGAAUAUCUUGAGAAAAAAGACACAGAAUUGCUGCAUCACUGUCUGGUGAAGUGGAUGAAGUUUAUGCUGAGAUGCAAAGCUGAAAAAUCUUAUCAGAAAAAACUUGUCGUCAAGGUAAAAUUGCUAAACUUCAAUUCUAUUAAGAUAAACUAAAGACGUCUUGUUUGUCCAAGGAGCUCUAUUACGAGAGUUUGAUUCAUUAUUAAAUUUGGAACAUUGAAAAUUAUUUUCAAAUGGGAGGAAACCUCAGAAUAUUAGCUGAGUUGUCAAAAUAGAAAAAACGCUAAAUGGAAGAUAAAUACUGAAGAACUUUAUGCUUUAGGAUGGAGGGUUUUGUCAUGGAUUACAAAUGACGAACUUAUUUUUGCUAAAUUUUUUAAGAUGCCAAAACUGCGACGUACCUUUUCAAGAACAUGUUCAAAAUCAGGCUCUCAGAGGCCUUUUUGAGUCCUAUAGCACGAAAAAUGGAAGUUGUUUAUUUGUUUGUUUGCCGGUUUGUUUGUCUGUUUUACUUUACAAAUUUUUUUGACACUCCCUGGGAUUCAUGGGAUUGUGUUUUACGAUCCCAAACCACAUGUAGUAUUUGCUCUUCAUUCUUCGAGUUUUUGUGGGCUAGCAAUUCCCCAAUUGUCAGAAGUAUAGUAGAAAAUGAGGGGUAUGAGGGUUAACUUUCCAGUGUCACGCUAUGAAGGAAGAUAUUUGUGGGCCCUAUCAUGUACAAUCGAUAAGGUUUUAUUGUUGCAUUCUGUAGUCCUUCCAAAGAUGGUGGUUCGCGCUGUACACAAAAAAAGGAAGUGAAAAACUUCAAGAGGUAACGAACAAGUGCUUUAUUGUAGUUAUCAAAUAUUAAAACGGUUUUUAAAUUUUGUCCCUGCAUUUUGCGCAAAAGGCCACAAAUCACACAAGUUAUGAUCAUUGCAAUGUUCUUGUAUUUGGCAGAAAAUUCUGUUGAGAAGGACGCGAGAUGCUGGGCUCCACUGGAAGCGCUGGACAUACAGUGAGUGCACGCUUUAGUUAUUGAUUGAUAUCGAUUUUACUUCAGCUAUAGGCUUAAUACUGCGUUGCGUCGCUCACCAUAAGUGCCACUUGAAAGGCCACAAAAUAUCGUUGUAUUGAACAAAUCGUUACAUGAUGAAAAUCAACGUUAGACAGAACUAUAACAAAAUUCUCAAAUCUAAUUGGCUAUCAACUGUCUUGAUUUCAGUAAUAGUAGGACAGUGUAAUAGGACAGUACGCGUCAUCGCGGGCGAGCGCGUGAAUGUUUUGUUUUGUUUUUGUUUGUCUGUUUGUUUGUUUUUUCACUUCUAGCAAAAUACACUCUGAAUAUCUUUUAUUUUGAAUUUAAAAAAAUCUCAUAGUUAUGAUUAAUUGGUAACAUGCAGAACUCCGUGGCGUCCAAUUCGGUCUGUAAUCAUACUCUUGAUUAAGCAAACCUUGUUUAUCACCCGCAUGAUUACAGACCGAAUGAGUGGACUCCACUCAGUCCUGUUACCAUUAUUAAUACAGUGGUACUAUAUACAGCUGUACACACAUGUCAUUAUACCACUGAGUUGAUGACCAAAGAGGAUUUUGUGCAUUCAUAGCGAAACAUUCCUAAUCUUGCGACAAAUCUGUCUCCCGUAUUUUGCAUUCGCAGAGGUAAAGAAGCAAGCUGAAAUGGCGGAUAAUCUACAAACAAGACAUGGCCGACGACUUGUUCAUUCACAUUUCCAUCUGUGGACAGACAAAACUCGCCAGAUGCAAAGAGCAAGAGAAUUCCGUGAUCAAACUUUACUGAAGAGGUAUGCCAACAUUUGAAUAACACCCAGAGAGAGACAAAACACAUGAACAGAGCUCCCUGUUUGUCCUGAGUCAUCUACUCUUUCAAAACAUUUUGCGAAACUUAUGUGCCUUUCUUUUUUGUAGAUCGCUGGUAGAAUGGAGGAAAGUUGUCAAGAAAAGGCUUGAUGAAAGAAAGACAGUAAAGUCAUUUCAAGAUGAAUUGAUGAACAAGAAGGUGAGACAAAGUGUCCUUUUUUAUCGCCUCCAAACACAACUUUCGACGCAACUCUCUCUUCCUUUGAACACCUGUGUAGUCUUAAAUUUUGAACAUAGCAAUGACGCGUGUUUGAACAAUCAAUCCCAGACAGUUUUAAAUUGUGGAUUCCACGUUGUGGAUUCCGGAUUGCAGGUACGGGAUUCCGGAUAUUCUUUGUUGGUGAAACUUGGAUUCUGGAUUCCAGUAGUUAGCGGAAGUUCGGAUUCCUUGAGCUGAAUUCCGGAUCCAAAAGCCCAGGAUUCGGGCUUUCAUAAAGCACGAUAACAACUUCAGAUGGUGUGGGGGGUGGGGGGGCGGGGGUAGCGGGGUAGGGGGUAGGUGGUAGGGAGUCGUUUCAUUAGUGGUUCUUGCUUCUAUUUUUACCGAUUGGGUGAGAUUCCUGAUAUUGUCUUUCGCAUGCGAUACGAUGUUAUCACUUCCUGGCCCUGCCGUGUGGGUUUUUCUUCAUGUUAUGACAGGAGCCCAUCACGGUUACGAGUUGUCUAACAAAAGGAAGCCAGCGUUUCUAAAUUCCAAUUCGAUCAGGGGUUUGAGACCACCUGAAGAUAGUUAAGAAAAGUUUAUGAUCUAUGAAGUCUUAAGCUUCCUUGUUCUCGUCUUAGAGAAAAGUUGUGUUUUGCAAUAAUUUCUUCUUGCGGUUUUUUUGUCACAGGUUUCUCGUAUGUUUUACGAAUGGCGUGAUGCGCUUAAACUCUCCCGUAAACAUAAAAAACUGGUAGAGGGGCAGAUGGUACAUCACAACAGACGAAUGAAACAAGGAGUCUUGAAGGAAUGGAAGAAAUUUACACUGAAGAGCCGCGCCGAGAAGCACUAUAACAACACGGUCACUUCCAAGGUACGGUGAAUUUCUGUCUUGACAUGCACGAUCAGCGUGUUCAGUCAUGAUCUUGGAAUUCAAAGGAGGUGUGUCACGAAAUUUACCAAAUUCAAACAGUGGCACUGCCACCAAGUUGAAUGAAACAUAAAAAUAACCGUUCAAAACUUUACAGUAAGGUUAAAAAUAACGUAGCAAAUAGAAAGGAAGCGCGGAUGAACAAACGUGAAGAAGAUAACGGGUUGCUAUUGUGGUUUUGAAAACUUACUAGUCUAACAGGUUUUCAAAGUUUAUUAUUGUUAUUUGUAACGUUUUAAAUCAAUGCUUGGGAGACGUAAUUUCUUAAAGCCCCUUUUACCUCCCAAAUCUAAUCGAUACAUAUUGCGUAGCAAGACAAACAAGCCAUGCCAAAGUGAUGCUUAGUUUUGCUCAAUCAGAGCACACUUAAAAAUCUAUCAACUGUACCGCAAGACAAACAACGCCACUAGAAAAUGCUCAGAGUUUGCUGAAUAUCACCCAAUCAGAGCACACGAUAAACUUAGUCAAUGGGUGUGAUGUUUCUUUUACUGCCUAUUGGCUUUGUAGAGCACCUCGUGCAAAUCAAGGUUUAUGUCUCUCACUAGAAAGUUGAAGAUCGGGGUAAAUUUUAACACCGCGCGAAUAUUGUGAGAAGUUAAAUUCACUUUGUUCCUUGCAGUUUUUUGCAGAGUGGAAAGCGAAAGCAGAACAAAAGCUGGCGGAUAAAGAAAAGGAGAAGGUAGGAUUCAUUUGUCAUACGGAAUAUUGUGUGAAUCAUCCUGUCAUCGGAAAGCAGUGAACGGCAUUCUUAUUUUGAUUAGUUCAUUUGCUUGUUUUUGUAUUACGUAAUGUAACCGGCAGUUGACACACUUUGCGCGGUUUCCCGCCAAAAAUGCUCGUUAAGAAUUAAGAGGGUCGUAAUGGGGUUAAAUAUUGAGAUCCCAUAAGCCAGUAAUUUUAUUCGUUGAUCGUAAAAAUGGAAAUAUUACCGUGAAAUUUUUUAGCCACAAUUUGUUAUGCAGAGAGUGUCAUACAAUAUACGCGCUUAAGCCUUGCUUCACGUGACUUGUUUAAUUAUAGAGGGAAAUGCGCGACAAAAAUGUGAAUGGCUGAUGGGCGAAAUUUCAGCAUUUUUUCCAUCCCGGAAAAGUUCUUAAAGGCAUCAAAAACUUUUGAACUUUUUCAAAACAAUUGAGUUUACUCCUUGAAAUUGAAGUUAAGAAAAGUUAAGAAAUUAACCGUGAAUUGAACCGUAAAACCAAAGUAUAACCGUUUACCCGUAAAUGCCACCAUCCCAUUGAGACCCUCAAUUCAAGAUUUGUUGCCCUGGUUAUAGCAUAAGACCAUCUAAAUAAACCCUGCUUGUGUUUCGUCUCUUAACAGCAACACGACGAAAUUGCUGAUGAUCACUACAAGAAAGCUCUGAGGUAAAAAAAAAAACAUAAUGUCUCACUGUCAUCUAAACUGUUUUAUAACGUGCUUGAUAGAAAUGUAGAGAGACCUGAACUGGCACAAGCGGAACAUCGACUUCUCCUCUUGUUCCACGGCAGGACUAGCUCAGUCGAUAGAGCGCUUGACUGCAAAGCGGGCAGAGGUCGCGGGCUCGAUCCCCGGGGCCGGAUCAAUACUCAGGGUCGUAAAAUAUCUAAGAAAAGAAGGUACUGCGUGGGGGCUUAGAUGACCACGUCAAGUGGCGAUCCCGUCUCCGUAGCAGGCGUAAAAUUAGUGUGCUUAAUUAGUACUUCCUUCGUACUUUUCUUUUUUUGCUGAUAUUGACUUUUGACAUUAUUAUCUUUUUUUAGCAAAUUGUGCUUCCGAGCUUGGCUUCACGACACCAAACUUGAGUUAUACAGCGUACAAAAGGACAAGAGGAUUGUAGUGAAACACUUCACUAUGUGGAAGAAAAGAAUCGCUCUAAACACUAUCGCCACUGAAUUGGUGAGUCUUUUAUUUCCUGAUGUUUAUGUCUUCUGAUAACGAAAAUGCGAACCUUUGAGUUCAAACUUGCUUUGCGCUCAUUGACUACACCCUUAAUUGUCGAUGGGUCCGUUUCUAGGCAACAUGUUUCUUCAUCCUUAGAGACUUGGUGACGUGAUAACUUCAAAUCGCUUUUCUUUUAUUGAAAAACGCUUUUACUCAGUAUACAUUGCGAUAUACUUUUAUAUCCUGAGCUUUUACUUUCAUUUCAUUUCUCGGUAGGUUGAUCGACGUGUCUACGAAAAAUUCUGGACAAAAUGGCGUCAUCAGUUGAUAAGAAAACGAGUUUCUCAAAUGAUGAUGAAACACGAAGAGAAAAAGCAGCUGUCGGAGGUAAAAUGUUCUCUAAGGGUCCCUCCCCGCUUCUUGCCAAAAAGGUCGAGGCAUAAUUACGGUGAAUCUCGUCGGCGAUUCUCUGCGAAAGUUGUAAGAUACAAUCGUCAUGAGCAUUUUUCCAUCCAUAACUAGCAAAUUUUGGUUGCGUUAUUGCCCAUCAGUCUUUUCGUGAACCUCCUUUCUCCAUUGCUUUGUCGUCCCAUUAGUUUUGCCGCGCUUUUCCAUUGUUUCUUUUUCCCGCCACAACGCAUGCUGUCAUCUUUGUAGUGUCUUGUAUACCAGUAUAUAUGUUUUACGAUUUCAUAAGCGUCCAUCUGGCUGACUACACAAGUAACAUAGUUCUAAAGUGAUGAGGUCUUAAAAAUGUAAAUUUUGAAAUUAUGGAAUUUAUAGGCAUAUUUUGAAAGAACAACAUCUGAAAGGCCUACUUGCCAAAAACUAGCAUUGUGGAGAAAAUUGUCCCGUUUUGCUCUGACUCCAUACAAAUCCUUCUAAGUUUGACUCGGUUUCUAAGCCUUUUCUUUUUUUUUUUCUAAUUUGACAGGUGUUCAUGGCGUGGUAUCAGCUGACGCUAGUAAACCGUCGCUUGCUUAAAGAGUGGCAAAUAUACAAAACAAAAAAAGUAUUCAGGUUGUGGAUGCAGAAGUACAACGAAUCUUAAUUCAAGUACAAAGCAAGAAAAGAAAAUUGUAAUUACAAAAGCUUAGCAUUACCAGUUUAAAUUUUCCAGUUUCGCUAUUCUCAAGCGUUCAUUUUUAAAUCACGGAGAUAGAGACAGGCACGUAGGGGGCGAAGAAAAUUUAGAAACCACAUUACGAGCGCUGACGAUAGCCGGGAAAUGUAUCUCCCCGCCAUUUUUCACUACGAUAUCGCCUAAUUGUUUCUUCUUACGCUUCAAAAGAUCAGGGGAACAUCGUCGACCUCAUCAUGUACGCAUUUUUUGUUAGAAAGAAUUUGUUAAAUCUAGUACACUAGUUUGCGCAAUUUUUAGCAGUUAUAUUUCUUAAGCGAAUAUCCACCGUCAAAAGAUUUAGAAUUUCUGGUUAGCAAAAGUGGUAAUGAGAAAUAAAUUUGCACAAUUUUCGAAUAUUUUCGGAACGCAAUCCACAAAGGAUAACUGGUUACUAAAAUUUGACCCAAGUUUAAAGAAAGAUUCGCCUUUCAUGUGUACAGAAAUUAUUGUAUUGUUUUGUAUUUUUUCCAGAAGUUUUAGAAAUGAAAACUCAACACAUAUUUAGUCCGUUAUUUAUCUUUUUUACUAGACUACUAUUUGCAAAGGAUUGUUUAUUUUACGAGGUGAUUUCGUGUAAGGUUGUUUUAGUGGGUUAUUUAUUUUUCAGCAGUGAAACUUAAUAACGGUCAUUCACAAGAUGAUUUUUAUAGGAGAUAGAUAUUUAAAUUAUUUAGAAUUAUUUAUUUUGCAGAUCUUAUUGGGAUUGAAAAGUUUCGUAAUAUAAUUAUAGCGCUCUGUAAUUAAAAAGAAUCGUUAUGCUUUGGGAGACAAGCGAAGUCUUGGAAUCAGGCUUGAUUAUAAGACAAGCUUAGAAAGUGAUUUUGUCUAAAUAUAUUUAAUUCCUUUCAUACUCACUGUAGCAUUGUAGCAUAUUGUUUUAAAAGGGAGAAAACGAUGCAUAAUCAACAGAGUGUUGAGCCA